AAUGGAAACCAUGGCGACCGACAACAAGGACAUACCUUUAUCAAAAAAAAAAAAAACGUCCGAAAAGAUGCUGCAGAGAACGAGAUCUCAAGAAAUGGUCGAUGAGCUUCACAACCAUAUUGUGGACGAAGACCCUCUGCUAAUUUCACAAUCGUUGACAUACGUGACGGAUGACGGCAGUGUUCUGCACUCGUUCCGAUCUGCUCCAUUUUCUUGGGGUGCGUUUAUCUUCUUUUUAUCCAGUUAGUUAAUUUCUGGUGUUCUACAAAAUGCGCUGACCUUUCCGCGACUCUUUUUUUGCCUCUCGUCGCUUCUAUUUCCAAUCGAAUGGAAUUGGCAUGGGUCGACUGAAUGGAUAAAUCUCGGGUUCGUUUCGGAUUGGCCUUGAAUUCACACCUCAGGCUUCAAGGCCCGAUUUGUCAUCUUAGAAUCUCUCUUUAUUUUGCUUUGUGUUUGUGCAGUACCUGUUGGUGCCCACGGCACAGUAGUUGCUGUAACGGUUGCCAACCUUCUCGCUGUUGCUUGGUUCUGGUACAAUCACGUCCGAACCGUAGACGUUACCGCAGACGGAAGCCUCCGAUUUUGGAUUGGAAACAUCGAGGUUGAAGUCCCGUUUGAAAAGAUCAUUGCUAUCCGAAGGGUUUCCACGGCGAAUGCGCCGUGUGGCUUCAUGCAAUUGUCCUCGGUCUGGCCCUAUCGUGGCUUUUUGUCCAACACCGAGGAAGGAGUAGCAGUGGUAACCACGGUUUCCAGCAUGCCGUUUUGGCUGUGGCCGCGAUCCGCGGGAAAACCAGAACGCUCGUGGUGCUUUGGAAUUCUGUAUUGUCCAAAGCUCACAGUCGUCUUCUCUCCGAUCGGGGGAGGACAAAAUUUUAUCAACGACGUUGAACGAGAAAUGCUGAAUUUUCAGAACAUGACCGGAAAACGAAGAGGCACCAGCACCAUUAAUGGCAACGCGGGAACUCGUCCUGAUGCUGAUCUGCUUGAUGUCUGAACGGAAUUGCAAAUCUAUCGCACUGUUUUGUAUGAGAUUUAUAUUAUUUCCACGUACAAGAAAAUCGGUGUGUCUCGAAGGUGAGGACUAUGUCUCCCGGUAACAUAUACUUAAGGGCAUCCUUUGUUAUAUUACUUGUUCUAUUAUUGGUUAAAAUUGUUCAGAUAGUAAGUAUGAAAUGGUCGUUCCAUCAGCAUGAUCUACGUCUGCUCGACCGGUUCGUUACAAUUGAGUUCGGACGAACUUGAUGCAAUAAUGGCAACUUCUGUGGGCAUCUCAGCGAAGGCCUUCGUCUCACGAAUCAUUUGAACCGCUUCUCUUUUUGCAGCAAUGUCUCCAUUACGAUAGUUGUUUUGCUUGUAUUCAUAGGACGGUGGCGGAUCUAGGAAUGGAGUCACGGACUGAAUUAGAGACCACCCUUCGUUAAAGAUGGAGUAUGUUGCGAUGCUAGAAGCCAUAUCAAGGGCCACUGGAACCGGGAGCUUCACAAUGAAAUUCAGACCAAACCAUAUUCUUUUCGCCCAGGAUUCAUGAUACUCGUUGUUCGCAAGGCCGGGCCAACCAGCGAGAAAUCCACCCCAGAGUUCCAAUGGAAGCUUGAAAAACCCAUCAAAGAAACCUCUUAGCCCCACCACAUCUUGCUUCAUGAGAAAUUCUCCACCAAAGUUGGCAAAGUUACGCUGCCGUAUGUUCUCCCUUGACCACAAGGCAUUGUAAGCCGAGGCAACAGCUCGAUCGAGGUUCGGGGUUUCCGAUGCGAGCUCUUCUUCAAUUGCUUCAGCCGCAUCCGUAGCACCCAUGAGGGCACGGCAGAGGUGAUACCCGGUGCUCGGAUGCACCAUUGCCGCGGCACCACCAAAUGCGAGAAUCCUCUGAUCGCGAGCAGGAAGAGCCCCGCCCAUGGGAAUGUAGCAGUAUUCCUCUUCUUCUACAUUGGCAACUUUGAUUCCAAGGUGCUCCAAUCGUGUGAAACACCGAUCCUUACACUCUUGAAACGAGACAGCAGGUCUGGCCACUAAGGAUGUUUCUUCGAAGAAAAUUUUGUUGCCCUCAAGGGGCAUCGCGUACAUAAAUGUAGGGGCCUUGGUCGCUUUGAUGGAUGUGUAUUCGUCUCCAUCGAAAUGAUCUGUUCUGUAGUCAAAAAGUGUCAUGGCUUCUUUAUCAUAGGGUCCUACCAUCGACAAGUUUGGCGACUGUGAUUCAUCUACUUCCACCAACGCACCAUAGGCAAUCUGAAAGCCAGGUGGAGUAGAUGGUUCUAUACUAUCUUUUAAUGUGAUUUUGGUCUCGUGACCAGUCGUAUCAAUGACGAUCUUCGUUCUCAUUGUCAAUGGGGAUGCAUCUGCAUCCUGUGGUUGUAAUUUUAUUGUAGUCCCAUCCUCGUCGUGGACCAAGCUCCCAGCAGGACUAAACAUGUUGAUUCCUAUGGCCUCGGAUAUGUGAUUUGCCUUUACAACACGAAAAUUCUUUGUCAGUGACUUCUUGAGGGCAAAACGGUCCACUCGGCAGUAUGGUCGAUCCAAUCUCAUACGGUUUUCGGUUGGGAUAUCGUAACUUCCACCGAAGAAGCAGUCCGUGACUGGCCAUUCUCUGUCGAUGACCCCGUUCACCUCUCCGUCGUUCAAAUCGAUUCCUACGGAUCCGUACCGGUCCAAAAUGGUUUGCCACUCGUCUUUCCAAACUCCGUAGUUGGGCACCCAAUCUGCGUCAAAGUCCUUGUUGGCCACAACUACGUCCAGGUUUCCACUGGCGCCCAACACCGAGGCGAUGGCGCAUCCCGCCGGACCACUUCCGAGGACGAGAACGUCACAGGAAUCAUCA